GUUGCAGGGCGGUUAGGUUGCACUCUCAGAGCAACUGGGUGAGGACUGAACUCCAAGCUGACAGGACCUGCAGCAGUUAAUUUGGAGGUUUUAUUUGAGGAGAGUGUCAGGACUUGAAAGCUGCUUUAUUGGAAUAUCCUGAGGUCUGAUCCUCACAGGAUCUCCUUGAUGUGUGAAGCAUCCUCCUGAUCUUUCUCCAGUCUGAGGAUGGGGAAGAAGAGCAGAGUGAAGACCCAGAAAUCAGGCACUGGGGCUGCCUCAGUGAUCUCCCCCAAGGAGAUGAUGAAUUUAGUUUCGGAUCUGUUGCAAAAGUGCAGCGGCCCGGCCCCAGCUCCGGGAAAGGAAUGGGAAGAGUACAUUCAGAUCCGAUCGCUGGUAGAGAAAAUCCGCAAAAAGCAGAAAGGUUUAUCGGUGGUGUUUGAUGGGACAAGGGACGACUUUUUCCCAGAGCUCAUGUCGUGGGCAGCAGAAAACGGAGCCUCGUGUGAAGGCUUUGAAAUCUCCAAUUUCGCAGAAGAAGGCUAUGGUUUGAAAGCGACGAGGGAUAUUAAGGCAGAGGAAAUGUUUCUGUGGAUUCCUCGUAAGAUGCUGAUGACAGUAGAAUCAGCUAAAAAUUCUGUGUUAGGCCCCCUGUACAGCCAGGACCGGAUCCUGCAAGCGAUGGGCAACGUGACCCUGGCCUUCCACCUGCUGUGUGAGCGUGCAAACCCCGCCUCCUUCUGGCUGCCCUACAUCAGGACCCUGCCCAGCGAGUACGACAUCCCCCUGUACUUCGAGGAGGACGAGGUCCACUACCUCCAGUCCACCCAAGCGAUCCACGACGUAUUCAGCCAGUACAAAAACACCGCGCGCCAGUAUGCGUACUUCUACAAGAUCAUCCAGACCCAUCCAAAUGCCAGCAAACUGCCCUUGAAGGAUUCCUUCACCUACGAUGACUACAGAUGGGCGGUCUCCUCAGUCAUGACUCGUCAAAACCAGAUCCCCACAGAGGACGGCAGCCACGUGACCCUGGCCCUCAUCCCGCUCUGGGACAUGUGCAACCACACCAACGGGCUCAUCACAACUGGCUACAAUUUAGAAGAUGACAGAUGCGAAUGUGUUGCCCUGCAGGACUACAAGCAGGACGAGCAGAUCUACAUUUUCUAUGGGACCAGGUCUAAUGCUGAGCUUGUGAUCCACAAUGGUUUCUUCCACGACAACAACUCCCACGAUCGCGUGAAGAUCAAGCUCGGAGUGAGCAAGAGCGAGCGGCUCUACGCCAUGAAGGCAGAAGUCCUGGCGCGCGCUGGCAUCCCGUCGUCCAGUAUCUUUGCACUGCACUGUAGUGAGCCUCCCAUUUCUGCCCAGCUGUUGGCCUUCCUGCGGGUCUUCUGCAUGACUGAAGAUGAGCUGAAAGAGUACCUUGUUGGUGACCAUGCCAUCGAUAAAAUCUUUACUCUUGGUAAUGCGGAGUUCCCAGUCAGCUGGGAAAAUGAGAUAAAACUCUGGACCUUCCUGGAAACCAGAACUACACUGCUCCUGAAAACAUACAAGACGAGCACAGAGGAUGACAGGUCAUUGUUAGAAAAACCAGACCUUUCAUUCCAUUCUAAGGUAGCAAUUAAGUUACGUUUGGCAGAGAAGGAGAUACUGGAAAAGGCCAUGGCCAGCGGCAAAAGCAAAAGGGAGCACUUUCAGAAGCAGCUGGAAGAAGGAGCCCCCCUUCCCAAGUACGAAGAGAGCAACAUCUCUUUGCUGGAGAACUCGGUUUCCGACUCCAAGCUGCCCAUCAUUCUCAGGAAGCUAGAAGAGGCAGAUGAAGCAGGUGAGGAGGAGCUGAAGAUGAAUGAGGCUCUCUCUGAUGAGAAUGCAGGUGGUGACGUUUUAGUGAAUGGAGACAGUAAGCAGCUCAGUGGCACCGAGACAGAAAACAGAGAAACCCCAUAUGGAGAAGGAAGUGCCUGAAAGACUGGAGAUGCCAAACAGAAUGGCAAAGAUGUCUCUGAAGCAGAACGGCAGUCCUAGUUUUGUUCAUCUAGUGACAAUAAAAUAUAUAUAUAAUUGAAAUGGCAAACCUUUGCGUGAAGACUAUAUUUGUCCCAUGUGGCUUAGAUCAGUGUUUGCACCAGAGACGCGUUCAAGAGUUAGUGCUGCUUGUAAAUCUUUAACAAAACAAAAAGAGACACAUUAAAGUUUGUCAUUUUUAAAGUAUUGUUGGUUUUAUUUCUUUUUUGCCUACAUUGUGCUUAUAUUAAUAUUUUUUUCAGCUUAUUUUAAGACUUUACAUUUUAAAGAAAAAAGUACAUGAAGGCUACUUGUCAGCUCCUUCUAGGUUUAACUUAAUCCUUUGAAUGUACCUUUUAUAUGUGUAAAGAAUAAAGCUCAGUUCUUGCAAAAUGACAAAAUGUUUACUUCUGAAAUAUGAAGUAUAUCUAGCGGGGGUGAUAUGUACAGCGCACACGCCAGAGCUUCAGGUUUUUAAUGUAAAACAAAAACUAGGAAUGAAUGUUCCUGUGAAAAUAACCAGCAUCCAUUGACAUUAAUCAUUUUAUUAACCUUUUAUGCAGGGUUGAGUAUUUGUUGUGUUUCCAGUGGAUAAUCUUUCAAAAUAUAUUUUUGUUGGGGGAGCUGUUCUUUCAGCUACAGUACUUGUAAUGGGAGGUGAGAUUUGGAUUUGGAAAGUUAACUUGUCUAAGCGUUUUCUUUAAAUUAUGUGAAACAUUCACUUGUCAAUAAAUGGUUUUAUAAAUAUGCAUGAGCUGGGGAAUCAUAGUUUGUAUGAGUGUUAAGAGCCCUCAUUUCUGGAAUGUUGACUACAAGAACAUUUAUAACUGAAAGUUGACCUGAGGAGUGAAAAAAAAAAAAGUUAGAAAACCCACAUUAGAAAAUGUUUACAAAAGAUUUAUAAAAAAAUGCCUAUUAGUAUAUAAUAGGUUUUAAAAUAUACUUAUUCAGUAUACUGCAUUUGAACAUGUUACAAAUGUCCAGUUUUAGUAUGGGAUGUUUGUACAGUAAGUUAACUAAGUGCUGGUUGGUAUACAGCAUAGUGUCAUUGGAAGUAUUAAACUGAGAUUUAAAUAUUUUCUUUGUGAUAUGUUUCACAUCAUGUCAAACAUAUGAACCAUGAACACAGAUGAUAUCAGUAUUAGGUUAAAGAGACUCUUUAUGUUUAAUGUCCUUUAUGAUCAGACCUUUGCAUCUUGUUUUAUUCAGUGAGGAAAAAUUGUAAAUUGACAAGCAAGUUAGUUUACAAAUUCUCUACUGUACUUUUUCUGUACAAUUCCUUUUAUUUCUAUCCUGCACUGUAGUUUUUUUUUGUAAUUGUUUCAUUUGGAGUAAGAUGAUAAGCAACUUUCUUUUAUGCUAUAGUCCAUUUUAAUGAUGUACAGAUGCUCUUGCCUUGUAACAAUCUUGAUGUAAUUGCUGCUCUGUAUAUAAAUGUGUAGUUACUGAGAUUACACAUCUUUAUCAGUAUACAAUACAAUGUUGUUCUUCAUUAACAAGACAGUUUUGGAGUUGGUACAGAUUGUGUUUCACAUAAAUUGGUUUUUAAAAGAGAACUUGAGUUUGUAUAGAAAUGAACAGUCCUGUUAAAAGCUGUCUUAACUGUGUGGUAAUUUAUGCUCCUUGGUUAAACUAGGAGAUUAAACAUAGCUGACAUUUUCACCUGAA